GCAGAGCUGACAGACAGGCUACAGUGUCAACAGAGCGCAGUGCCGUGUGGAUCUAUGACCGAAUUGCAGCAGCAGCAGCAGCAGCAGCAGCUUGUAGUAAACGACUUAAAAACUCCAACCAGCCGCCCGUCAACAUGAACACCGAGCCUGUCGUCAUCGUCUCUGCCGCGCGGACACCGAUAGGGUCUUUGAGCGGCGCCCUGUCCACGGUGCCUGUGCAUGACCUGUGUUCAGUCGUGAUCAAGGAUGUGCUGACGCGGGCUGGGGUGAGGCCAGAGGAGGUCUCUGAGGUUAUCAUGGGACACGUCCUGACAGCAGGUCAGGGGCAGAACCCUGCACGUCAGGCCAGCGUCGCGGCGGGUAUCCCCUACUCUGUCCCGGCCUGGAGCUGCCAGAUGGUGUGUGGCUCUGGGCUGAAGUCUGUAUGUCUGGGAGCUCAGUCCAUCCAGGUGGGAGACUCCACCGUGGUGGUAGCAGGGGGCAUGGAGAGCAUGAGCAGGGCUCCUCACACAGUGCACAUGAGAGCAGGCGUGAGGAUGGGCGACGCCUCCCUGCAGGACUCUGUGGUGGCUGACGGGCUGACCGACGCCUUCCAUGGCUACCACAUGGGUAUCACAGCGGAGAAUGUGGCAAAGCAGUGGGCUGUCAGUCGAGAGGAGCAGGACGGAUUCGCUGUCCAGUCCCAGAACAAAACGGAGGCGGCGCAGAAAGCGGGACAUUUUGAUCAGGAGAUCGUCCCCGUCAUGGUGCCAUCCAGAAAAGGCCCAGUGGAGGUGAAGGUGGAUGAGUUUCCUCGCCAUGGCAGCAACGCGGACAGCAUGUCCAAACUCAGACCCUGCUUCGUCAAGGACAGCAGCGGCACUGUCACCGCUGGAAACGCCUCAGGUAUAAAUGACGGAGCAGCGGCAACUGUCCUGAUGAGCCAGUCAGAGGCCGAGCGGCGUGGCAUCAAACCGAUGGCCAGAAUUGUAUCGUGGGCUCAAGCCGGUCUCGACCCGUCCAUCAUGGGAACUGGACCCGUACCGGCCAUCAGGAAAGCGGUUGAGAAAGCAGGGUGGAAGCUGGACCAGGUGGACUUAUUUGAGAUCAAUGAAGCGUUUGCUGCCCAGUCCGUUGCUGUGGUCAAAGAGCUCGGCCUGAAUGUAGACAAGGUGAACGUAAACGGCGGCGCCAUCUCUCUGGGCCAUCCCAUCGGCAUGUCUGGCUGCAGAGUGCUGGUGACGCUGCUGCACGCGCUCCAGAGGACCGGAGGGCGUCGAGGCGUGACGUCCCUCUGCAUCGGAGGAGGGAUGGGCAUCGCCAUGUGCGUGGAGAGGGUUUGAGAAUAAUAUCUAAUGCUGCUGUAUGGAUUGCACUCAUCCUUUUUUAAUUAUUCUAGAUAAGGGACACUGACACUCAUUGUUUACACUGCAAGAUACGAUAUUUAAUGGUUAAAGGUUUACCAGGGUUCUUCCAGUCAUUCUACCCGUGUACAUGUAGUGGUUGCUGGAUGUGAGAUAACAGCUCGCCCUUGUCACUGAAGAAUUCCGACUCAGGUUCUAGCUGUGAAUCAUUUGACUCACUGUUGGGGGACCUAAGUCUAAAUGAUGUAAAUGUUGUCUAUGACCCUUUAAGCAAAUAGUAAAUUAUACAACUUGGUGUUAGAUGUGCUACAUAGGCACCUUACUGCAGCCAGGAGUCAACACACGAUAGUGACACUAACUAAAACGCAAAGCUUUAGAUAGUUUAGAAGACACGCUAUUUUCCCUGUAAAGCUACAUUUUUAACUUGUGAUGUAAUUUACUGAUAAUUAUAAGCCAUCGAUAGAUUUGCCUGUCCUAUCAACAUUCCAAUAUCUUCAACCGUCUUUCUCUGAUCAGUUGUGCAGACAGCAGCCUUGAACCUCAGAAAAGUGCCAUAAGGUUAUGUAUGCCAGCCUUCUCUGACCUAGUGCUUCCUGUACAUCGCCAGAUGUUUGUGAAAAUGUUUUCUGUAAUCUGGUUGCGACACACAUCAAUAAAAGAAUUUAAGUCAAAAA